AUGUCACCGCCUUCCGAGGAAUUUUUUUUUUUGGAUCUUGGAUCUCGAUAUCGGCGCAAAAAACCCAUUGAGACUACAUAUCGUCAAAAUGGUGUCCUCUACUACACUCACCUCAAAGGUGACAUCGGGAUCGCCCUAUCAGCUCGAUACCCCCCCAGGUUCGUCAAACAUAACCCCCCCCAACAGCAAUGCGCAACCGCUAAUUCCUCUCAGGUCGUCAAAGCUUCCUCCGCGUUGCUGCGACACAUCAAGUCCAGCCAAGAGGAGAAGGAGAAGUCCGCUACCAAGAAGACCCUGAUUGGCGACAAUGAUUCCGACGAUGACGAGAGCACUCCCCUGACCAACGAGGCCGUCUGGCUCAUCCUCACCACCAAGAAGCACGUCGUGGACAAGAACCGCCUGAAGCCCGGAAAGAUCAGCGUCCCUCACUCCCUGAACUCCUCGCCCUCGCUCAGCGUCUGUGUUAUCACCGCCGACCCCCAGCGCAGCGUCAAGGACAUCAUUGCCGACUCUGCUUUCCCAGCCGAGCUCAGCUCCCGCAUAGAAAAGGUCAUUGGCUUCUCCAAGCUCAAGGCCCGCUACCAGAGUUUCGAGAGCCGUCGCCAAUUGCUCGCCGAGCACGAUGUCUUCCUGGCCGAUGACCGGAUCAUCACCCGCCUGGUCACUACCCUCGGAAAGAUCUUCUACAAGUCCAGCAAGCGCCCGAUCCCCAUCCGCAUUGCCAAGAUCGAGAAGGAGGAUGGCAAGCGCAUCAAGAAGGACCCCAAGCAGAAGAAGCCCGCCAAGGAGGACAGAGUCGCCGCCUUCGCUUCCCCUCUGAUCGUCGCCAAGGAGAUCGAGCGUACCCUCCAGUCUACCCCCGUCCACCUUGCCCCCGCCACUACCGUUGCCGUUCGCGUCGGCUCCUCCAAGUUCACCGCCGACCAGCUGUCCGAGAACAUCGCCGCCGUCGUCAAUGGAAUGACCGAGAAAUUCGUCGCCAAGGGCUGGAGGAACAUCAAGGCUCUUCACGUCAAGGGUGCCAACACCACCGCUUUGCCCAUCUGGCUGGCCAAUGAGCUCUGGGUGGAGGACGCCGAUGUCGUCGAGCCCGAGAACCUUGCAAUCGAGGAGUCCGCCAAGGCUAGCAAGAAGCGCAAGUCUGCCGGUGAGGAGAAGCAGGUCGAGGGCAAGAAGUCCAAGAAGUCUAAGCCCGCCGAGGACGAUGAUGAGGAGGAGGAGGCGGCGUCCGUUGCGGCGCGAAAGGAGAAGCUCGCCAAGCUCAAGGCCCAGGCUCUUGAUGAUGGCGAGACGGUGAAGGUUCAAGCCCCGGCUGCAGGCAAGAAGAAGAGAAAGUCUACUUCAUGA